AGUGCCGCCUUGAUGCGUGCUUGAUUGAUCCUGUGAUGUUCCAAUCUAGGCGCCCAGAUUUAUCUUGUGUCAUGGUCGCAAUCGCACACAGUCCUAUCUGUUGUACGUUUUGCGCGUGCGUCUGCUAUCAAGGCUAUCAUGGCAGUUUAGGGGCUUGCCAAGGCGGCCUAGGAGGCCAGGAACCCUUUCGGGCCCAGCCAGAUAUCGAGAUCACCUCGAAAGAGGCGCCUCGGGAGCGACGGGGCAAGCAACUUGAAGCAAGGCGAGCGCGCGCGUGGUGCUUAUGCAAGGGAAGAGACGCGUUCUCUCAUAAGCAGACACCCACGCGUGAGCCUGCUCUUCUCGUUUUCAUCGAGUCUGUCACUACCUCCCGAUUCCUCAUCGCUCUUGUCCUCCUUCCAAUUUCUGUGCUCGGUCCCUUGGACGCAGUUCUUUCGGUGAGUGCCUUUUGGAUCAUCCAUAUGUCAUCCAACGUGUUUAACCUUCUAUUGAAGGUACCGGAGUCUGUCUUGCCCUCUUCGGCGAAUGGCGUCACCCCCAUCCUCAUCAAGAUGGAAAGGAUGGACAGGUUGCUCCCACCCCCCCUGGACUUGCAGACGACGCUUCACCGGCCGGCCGGCCAACUUUGAAUCAGAUAUAUCUCGCUCAGCAGGCAUGCUAUGUUAUGUCGGCGAGACGGGGUCGCACGUCG